GAACACGACGAAGCAUCGUCCAGUCGUGUUUACAUCCGCGCAUGGUCAACUGCUUGACCAUGACUUUGAAAUAUACGAGUAUAUUAUUUUUGUUAGCCUUGACCUCUCUAAAUGUCAACUGUAAAUCCGCAUAUAAGAUAUGUGUGCCGGCGCAGCAUUUAAAAUCAUGUGAAGAGAUGCUAGAAAUCCCCACGAAGAGCAAAGCUUUGUUAGAAUGUAUUCCAGCAAGAGAUAGGGUGGAAUGCCUAAAUUACGUGCAGCAAAGACAAGCUGAUUUAGUGCCAGUGGAUCCCGAGGAUAUGUACGUCGCCUCUAAAAUCCCUAAUCAGGAUUUUGUUGUAUUUCAAGAAUAUAGAACUGACGAAGAACCGGAUGCGGAAUUCCGCUAUGAAGCAGUUAUCGUGGUGCAUAAAGAUCUAAACAUACACAGUUUAGAUGAAUUGAAAGGUCUGAAGUCCUGCCAUACAGGUGUUAAUAGAAAUGUGGGUUACAAGAUUCCUCUCACGAUGCUAAUGAAAAGGGAAAUCUUCCCAAAAAUGACAGAUAGAAGUAUUUCACCAAAGGAGAACGAAUUGCGCGCGUUAUCAACAUUUUUCAAGAAGUCUUGUAUUGUUGGAACAUGGUCACCAGAUCCAAAAACAAAUUCUGCUUGGAAAUCCCAAUAUAGCCAACUAUGUGCAAUGUGCGAACACCCAGACAAGUGCGAUUAUCCAGACAACUUUAGUGGCUACGAAGGCGCUUUGAGAUGCCUUGCUCAUAAUGGGGGGGAGGUUGCCUUUACUAAGGUUAUCUACGUCAGGAAGUUCUUUGGGCUCCCAGUUGGCACGACUCCCGCCAGCCAGUCAUCAGAGAACCCUGAUGACUUCGCGUAUCUUUGCGCCGAUGGGUCCAAAGUACCGGUUAGGGAGAAGCCUUGUUCUUGGGCGGCUCGACCUUGGCAAGGAUUGCUCGGCCAUAACGAUGUGCUCGCUAAAUUGUCGCCGUUGAGAGAAAAAAUUAAGCAAUUAGCUGAUGCUGGUGCUAGUUCCAAACCAGAUUGGUUCACCAACGUGUUAGGUCUCUCCGAAAAGAUUCACCACGUAGCUGAUAACAUUCCGAUCAGACCAGUCGAUUACCUACAAAAGGCCAACUAUACUGAAGUAAUUGAGCGUGGUCAUGGACCCCCCGAGCCUGUUGUUAGAAUGUGUGUGACGUCGAACGUGGCGCUAGCGAAGUGCCGCUCGAUGUCCGUGUUCGCGUUCAGCCGGGACAUCCGCCCCAAACUGGACUGCGUGCAAGAAGCCUCUGAUGAUGCGUGCUUGAAGAGCGUUCAGGAUAAUGGAUCAGAUUUAGCAUCCGUCGACGGAAUGAGGGUAGCGUCAGCAUCCAAAAAGUACAACCUGCAUCCAGUUUUCCACGAAGUGUACGGGGCCACUAAAAUACCUAAUUACGCUGUUGCUGUGGUCAAGAAGAACACACCACACUCCAAGAUUGAAGACCUAAGAGGAAAACGCUCCUGCCACAAUUCAUACGGCACAUUCAGCGGUCUGCAAGCUCCGCUUUAUUACUUAAUCAACAAAAAGGUCAUCAAAUCCGAUCAGUGCAUCAAAAACUUGGGUGAUUUCUUCGCCGGUUCUUGUAUACCAGGCGUGGAUAAGGUUGAGAAUAAUCCUAGAGGAGAUGAUGUAUCCAAAUUGAAGAAACAGUGCUCUGGGGACAACAAUGCGGCCAAGUGCCUACAAGAAGACAGAGGCGAUGUUGCCUUUGUUUCAAGCGCUGAUCUAUCAAACUUUGAUUCUUCUCAAUAUGAACUACUAUGUCUGAACCGUGAUGCUGGAGGAAGAGAUGCACUCACAAACUUUGCCACAUGCAACAUAGUAAUGGAACCUUCCAGAACAUGGCUCUCAGCUAAAGAUUUCCUAUCCGAUGUGUCAAUCGCACACACACCACUCAGUUUGGCAGAGUUACUUGACACAAGAUUGGAUUUGUUUAAUAUUUAUGGAGAAUUCCUCAAGAAUAAUAAUGUUAUUUUUAAUAAUGCUGCAAAGGGCCUUGCUACUACAGAAAAAUUGGACUUUGAAAAAUUCAAAACUAUUCACGAUGUUUUGAACACAUGUGGUGUUGCCUAAUUUCUCAUACAAUAUGUAGUUGUUAAGAAUAUUAUAAUAAAAACAAAUGUCUGU